GAGAAGAGGAGGCGGGUGUUGGAAAGAGCCAGUUUAUGGUUAAACCACAACAUAUUUUUCUUUUUCCUUCUUCUUUCUCGUAGCGUAUGGAAAACCACCAAAACCACAAGGGAGAGGCAGAACCUGAUAGAGAGAACAACCAAAACCAAAACAAUAACCAGGCGUGGGGCACGUGGGAGGAGUUGUUGCUAGCGUUCGCUGUGAACCGCCAUGGCUUCAAGGACUGGGACACCGUCGCCAUGGAGGUUCAGUCGCGCGCCACGCGCCUCCUCGCCACGGCGCGCCACUGCGAGCAGAAAUUUCACGAUCUCAGCCGCCGAUUCGCCGACCAAUGCAACGACGGUGUUACGCCGCCGCAACAUGACGGCGAAGCCACCGGGGACAACUCCGAUCACGUCCCUUGGCUGGACGAAUUGCGUAAACUCCGUGUUGACGAGCUCCGCCGCGAGGUCCAGCGGCGCGACGAUUCCAUUAUGUCGCUGCAGUUGGAGGUGAAGAGGCUGGAGGAGGAGAAAGCGAAAGAGAAUGACGGUAAAGACGGCGAGAAACCAGAUCUGGCGGUUCCCGGCGAAGUGCGGCCGGAAAACGACAAAACCGGCGGAGAAGUUGAAGAGGUUGGACCGGCGAAUUCCGGACCGGAGAGAACCGCAAACGCUGACAAGAUGUUGCCAACAACGGGCGACGAAUCCGACCGGGAGAAUCAAUCAGUUAACGAGUCUAACUCGACCGGUUCGAGGUUUGAUAAAACCGGAGAAGGUGAUGCAAAGUUAAAAGUCGAACCGGAUCCGGUUCAGACCGGUUCAAAAGAAGUGGACCCGGUUGCGAGGAAGGGAAAACCGGUUGGGGAGGAAUCGAAUAAUGGAAGCUACGAUGCCUUGGCGAAGGUGCCAACGUGUGAGUCGGUGCCUCCGAGUGACGAGAGGAAGGUGGAGCAGGAUGAUGACUCGUCUGAGUUGCACGACUCGGUGGCUCACUCCGGGGAGGGAGGGACGAGGGAGAGCAGCGAAGUGCAGAGCUCGGCCAGCUUGACGCGAAAGAGGAAGACGCGACGUAGAAAAGAUGUUUCCGGCGGCGACGGUCGCGGAGACGGCGCUUCUACACUGCCGGAGAACGAAGAGGUAGCGGUUAAAUCAGAACCGUUGGUUGGUAUUUUGGAGUUGAUCAAGGGACAUGAGCAUUGUUCAUUAAUCGAGAGUCGUCUUGAGAGCCAGCUGGAGUCGGACAGAUACAAAGACAUAGUGAAACAGCCACUGGACAUGGAAACCAUACAAUCAAGAAUCCAGAAAGGUCAGUAUUUCUCAUGCACUAGUGCAUUCUUCCGCGACCUCCUCCUCCUGUUCACCAACGCUACCGUCAUCUUCCCCGUUGACUCUCCAGAGUCACAGGCGGCAAGGCAGCUGCACCGCCUUGUCACCACCGAGAUGAAGAACCACGGCCAAGCACAAUCCGACCCUAUCCCCCGGAAGAGCGAUUCACUCCCUCCAAACAUACCAGUAGCCAAAGCAGAUUCUCUCUUGUCCAAGAACAAAGCCUCUGGUCCCAUAUUGGUUUGCCGCAAACGCAGUUCAAUGUCAGCGAAACCUUCCUCGACCAAUUUUGGCCAAAAGAAUGACCAACCCAUCUUCAACGACAAGAAGGAAAGGGCACCUUCUGAUUCAAAACCUCCUACGAAACCUUCUUCUUCUGAUACAGACGAAGACGAGCCCCCCAAGGCCAAGGAGAAGCCUGUCACUGGAGCGAGAAGUCUGAGAAGGAGCAACAAGAACCUCAACAAUAAGAAACUUCCCUCUAACUCCACUCCUAAGGCGGGGUCCUCGGGUAACAAGCCAUCAGAGAGUCUUAAACCAGAGAAGAGCAAAGCAGAGGGAGGGGCAGACAAGAAGAGGAGUGCUGCUGCAGAUUUCUUGAAACGGAUAAAGCGAAAUACUUCAGUGGACGCAGUGAAAGGUGGUGGUGCCGGAGGAGGAGGAAGUAGUAGCAGCAGCAAGGGAGGUGGAGGUGGUGUUGGUGCCAAAGAGCAGAAGAAAAUGGUGAAUAAUGUAAAAGGGGAUAAAGGGAAAGAAAGGGCAUCAAGGCAUGGCGUUGGAGGGGGAUCAGGGUCUGCGGAUAAAAGGAAUAAGAACAUCGAGAACAGCUCUCAGUCGAAGAGGAGUGUUGGUAGACCUCCAAAGAAGGCAGCAGAGACAAAUGCAGGAAGUUCAAAGCGUGGGAGGGAAAAUAGUGCUAGUGCUGGCAAAGAUAAGCGACCCAAGAAACGUUCCAAGAAAUGAUUCAAGUUUCAUAGUUAGUCUCUCUUUUCCUUCCUCUGUAUAUUAUUAUUUAUUAUUAUUAUUAUUUUAUCUCCAAAGCAUGGGUUUCUUUUUUUGUUUUAUACUGCUAAUUUAUUGAUCAGCUGUAGCUUGUAGUCAGUUGGCCGGUACAUGUAACAGUAUUUUGAUUUGGUAAACCUUGUAACAACAUUGUCCUUCCGCGGACUGCUUUUCUUGAUUUUUUGGUUUAACAGGAAAGCAUAGUCAGUGCCAGGUGCCUGUGCUCGUUUUGAUCA